GCAGCAUGGACGUUCGUUUUAGGGAGAAGAGCAGUCGUGUUCACCCGACAAGCCGAGGAGGAUCAUAUGUAAAUCUUUCGUUAUUUAUGUCUUAACAUGCCAAAGGUUUCCAGCUCUCAAACGGUACUGUAGCAUCUUCUGUGGUUUGAAAAGGAAAACUAUGGGUGUAACUCACAGCAGGAGACCGACAGGACCACCACCAGCCUGUCUCUUAAACCAGGAUAUUUUAGAGGAAAUCUUCCUCAAUAUUCCCCACCGCCAAGUGGUGCGUGUUUGUCGGUUAGUGUGCCGGCGAUGGAGAGAAGCGGCUGACUCAGAGUCUUUGUGGAGACAGAAAUGUAGAAGAGAAAGAUUUCACCUCCAUGACGCGACCAAAGCACCAGCAGACUGGAGGAUAUUUUACUUUUUGUGCAAAAACAGAAGAAAUCUUCUGAAGAAUCCCAGUGGAGAAGAUAAACUGAAGGGUUGGCUGUUAUUCGAUGGAAGUCCUAAGCACUGGAUGGUCAGUAGAAUUACACAACCACAUCCAAACGAGAAAGUCCAGACAAACUUUGUGACUUCUUACGGGGUGUGCAGGAAGGCGCAGUUCAUUGAUCUGAAGAAGGAAGGUUACAGCCCUUCGUUUAUGGACGAGUUCCAGCCAGACAUCAAACUAACUGAUUGGUACACAGCACCAUGGGACCUUGGGUGUGAAUACAUGAUCUGUGUGAAGCUGCUUAAUGAAAGAAAGGAGGUUCUUGCAGGGUUUACUCCUGACCCUGUUAACUCUGGACCAUUGGAUGAGUGGAUUCACGUAACCCACGUGUUCCGGGGCUACGGACCAGGAGUCAGGUACAUAUGUUUCAUCCACGGUAGCAGAGUCCGGCGUUUCUGGGCAGAAUGUUGUGGAAUUCAUUUGGCAGACAGCUGCAUUGAGAUAUUUCCCGCUGGAGACUUAUAGCUGUUACAGUAAACUAGUCUCUUGAUCUGUUGUCAAGUUAUUACACGUUAAAGUCCCAUUCAGGGACAUUGAUACUGCAUGUUGAUUGUUACUGACUGUUACCCAGUGGCGUUACAAUGUGUAAUUUUAAGAAGUCUCUGGCUAUAAUUCUGCUCUUGGAUGAACAAAAUGGAUUUCAUAUGCACUACUCGAGUAUUUUAGAGUGAUCACAUUAUUGAACCAACAGGUUUUCUGGUUCUAGACAAAGUGAUUGAAUGUAAAUAUUCCUGUGCUUGUAAGAAAUAAAUAGAACUUGUUUUUUUUAAUUUUAUUUUUUAAGCGCAUGAUGCAGCAAUAAUUGUGAGAUUCAAUUAAAAACAUUAAAAAUGUUUAAGAAGACAUCUCUAUUUUUGUUUCCCCAUUAGCAUGAAUAAAGCCUAUACAUUUUCACAGGCGGGUUUAACGCUUCAAAGUAGAGCUGCUGCAGAGCUUCCUCUGUGUUGAGAGGAGUCAGUUCAGGUGUUUGAAACAUCUGAUUAGGAUCCCUCUGGUGUCCUGCUGCUAGAAGAGGACCAGCCACUGCAGCUGGGAGGAGACCCAGAGGUCGACCCAAGACCUGCUGGAAUGAUUACAUUUCUCAGCUGGUUUGAAUGGCUGUGUGGAAAACAGUUGAUUUGAUUUUUAAGGCUGCAGAAUAGUGAGGAAUACAUUAUUGGAAAGCAUGUUUUUUUGGACGAAUCUUGUCUUGAAUCUUUCUCUGCAUUCACAGAGAAGGUCAGUGUUUCACUCAUAAAGCUCAGGCCAUAUGUCAAAGUGUCUUUAAGCGAGCCACAAAGCACCAAAUUGCUCUUUUCUUGGUAAAAGUUACCUUUGUUUUGUCAAUAGGUAAAUGUGAUGCAUUUAUCUACUGACAAGGUAAAUGAGAUUUAAGGAAAAGCCAUUACCUUAAACCCCACAAACUGCAAGUCUUGGCAAUAUGUAUUUAUUUGAAUGGAAAUAAUUACAUUCAUUGUGUGAUAAUCAAACUGACUUAUUUGAGGUGAAAUAAAUUCAUUACAGGACUGCAUGGUUACAUACUCUCACCUCAUAGCAAGAGUGUUGUGGGUUUGAAUCUGGCCGCUGUAAAGUCUCAGUGUGGAGUUUGCAUGUUCUCCCUUUGCAUGCCAGUAUUUAUUUAAAAAAAAUGUGUGUUGUUUCAUAGAGGUUAGUACAAGACCAACCCUUUAAAUCUGGAUAGUUCAUAGCACAAUGCAUUUUACACAGAUGUCAUUUCUUCAGUCUUACGAGAGUGUCUCGGCUUGUUUGCAAAAUAAACACUUCUUUUGAAAGUAUUUAACUAUGUUUAAACUGAACACUGGAUUGGACAACUUUCUCUUUCCCAAGAAGAGAGGGUGGAGCCCUCCUGACCCCGCUGCCCAUGCUCUGAAUCAUCAAUGACACAUACUAGUUUCCUUUAAGACCGCUCUGUCAGGGUUCGUUUUAGAUUCUGUCCGGCGUACACCGUUGUAAUUAUAACCGGCAAAACCGGCUUUUUCCAACUUCUGUAGAAUAAAUAUUUAUCCGCUCCUUUGACUCGCUAUUUUUCUUUUGCAUCUUUAGUCAAUAAAGUA